UGCAGGCAGUGCCAGGCUCCAAUCCCCUCCCUGCUCCUCUCGCAGGCAACCCACGAGAACGAUCUGGAAUAUUGCAGAGCACAGCCAGGAAUCCAUGGCACAUACAGCACAAAGGACUGCAGUGAACGCCAUAGGAUAUAGCGACAUUUACUAUGUAACCUGGAUGUCUCCUGGAGUCAUUUUACUAUUUGUGUAGCUGGAAGUAAAAAGCAGAAUGUAUGACAACAUGUCCACGAUGGUGUUUCUGAAGGAAGAUAAGUUGGAGAAACUCUCACAGGAUGAGAUCAUUUCAAAGACCAAACAGGUGAUCCAAGGCCUGGAGGCCUUGAAGAAUGAGCACAACUCCAUCCUGCAGAGUCUCCUGGAGACCUUGAAGUGUCUGAAGAAAGAUGACGAGAGUAACUUGGUGGAAGAGAAGUCCAUCAUGAUCCGAAAGUCUUUGGAAAUGCUGGAGCUGGGUCUCAGCGAAGCCCAGGUUAUGAUGGCCUUAUCGAACCACUUGAAUGCCGUGGAGUCGGAGAAGCAGAAGCUGAGGGCUCAAGUGAGGAGGCUGUGCCAGGAGAACCAGUGGUUGAGGGAUGAGCUUGCCAACACACAGCAGAAACUGCAAAGGAGUGAACAGUCUGUGGCCCAACUGGAGGAGGAGAAGAAACAUCUAGAGUUUAUGAAUCAGCUGAAAAAAUACGAUGAUGACAUUUCUCCAUCGGAUGAUAAGGACAGUGAUUCAUCUAAGGAGCCUCUUGAUGACCUCUUCCCUAAUGAUGACGACGACCAAGGACCUGGAAUACAACAACAGCACAGCAGCGCAGCAGCUGCCGCACAGCAAGGAGGCUAUGAGAUCCCUGCACGGUUAAGAACUCUUCACAAUCUUGUGAUUCAGUAUGCAUCCCAAGGGAGAUACGAGGUGGCCGUACCUCUCUGCAAGCAAGCCCUGGAAGACCUGGAGAAGACCUCAGGCCAUGAUCACCCUGAUGUCGCUACAAUGCUCAAUAUACUGGCUCUGGUGUACAGGGAUCAGAACAAAUACAAAGAUGCUGCCAAUCUAUUAAACGAUGCCCUGGCCAUCCGAGAAAAGACUUUGGGAAAAGAUCACCCUGCGGUUGCAGCCACUCUCAAUAACCUAGCUGUGCUCUAUGGGAAGAGGGGGAAGUACAAAGAAGCAGAACCAUUAUGUAAGAGGGCCCUGGAGAUUCGGGAAAAGGUAUUGGGUAAGGACCACCCAGACGUUGCUAAACAACUGAACAACUUGGCCUUACUGUGUCAGAACCAAGGCAAAUAUGAGGAAGUGGAAUACUAUUACCAGAGGGCAUUAGAGAUUUACCAGACCAAAUUGGGGCCAGAUGAUCCAAAUGUGGCAAAAACCAAGAACAACCUGGCUUCUUGCUAUCUGAAACAAGGCAAGUUCAAGCAAGCUGAGACUUUGUACAAAGAAAUCUUGACAAGAGCACAUGAAAGGGAGUUUGGAUCAGUUGACGAUGAGAACAAACCUAUCUGGAUGCACGCCGAAGAAAGAGAAAAGUUCAAAGGUAAACAGAAGGAUGGCACAUUCGGAGAGUAUGGAGGCUGGUAUAAAGCAUGCAAAGUUGACAGUCCCACAGUGACCACUACCCUGAAAAACCUUGGAGCACUUUACAGACGUCAGGGCAAGUUUGAAGCUGCAGAAACACUAGAGGAGGCGGCGAUGAGGUCACGGAAACAGGGUCCUGUCUCACAGGGACUAGACAAUGUCCACAAGCAGCGAGUGGCUGAAGUGUUAAAUGACCCAGAAAGCAUUGAGAAGAGGAGAAGCCGGGAGAGCCUUGACGUGGUAAAGUACGAGAGCGGUCCAGACGGAGGGGAGGAAGUGAGUAUGAGCGUAGAGUGGAACGGGGACGGCACUGGAUCUUUAAGACGCAGCGGGUCCUUUAGCAAACUCCGCGCUUCCAUAAGACGCAGCAGUGAGAAGCUGGUCAGGAAGCUGAAAGGAGGCAGUUCACGAGAUGGUGAACCAAAGAAUCCUGGCAUGAAGCGUGCCAGUUCUCUGAAUGUUCUUAACACGGGUGGCAAGGCUGCUGAGGACCAUCUGCAAGAACGAAAUAAUUGUCUAACAGACUCGAGAGGUUUGAGUGCUAGUCACACUGACUUGGCUCAUUAAGGUUCAUGCAGAGCGACUAGCUAGAACGCCUUUCAUCGAAGACGCACUGAGACACUCUAAAACUUAUAAAGCCGGCUUGUUUGUGUUUUGAAUACAGGUUGAACUUUUUACUUUCCUAAAAGGGUAAAAGAAGAAGAUAGAUUUUUAAAUUAGUGUAACUAGUUUUUUUUUUUUAAAUGGAACAUUUUAUUUAUAGAUGUGUAUGUAUAUAUCAAUUGCUGCUUGCACCAUUGUCCGUAGAAAUGUAAUAUAUACCUUACAGAAUAAGUGGGUCACUGUUACACCAGCCAGACAAAGGGCGGAGAACGGGUUACUGGUAACUUCGUAAAUUGAAAUGGACUAAAUGCGUGAAGAGCACUGGAGACACAAAAAAAAUGUCUAUAGAUAUUUAUUUGCAUGUUUUACAUAAAAGGAGUUUUACGCAACUCUCAAAAUUCAUAAUUAUUGUGUAAAGGAGAAAAAUAACUGUGAGCUUGCUGACUUGCAAAAAUGCUAGUUGCCAGGCUGGUAUACCAACAUUUGGCUUUGCGUCGCUGAACUGGAACAGGUAUAAAGAUUAAGGAAGUCAGAAUUCUUUCUCUGCAUACAUGUCCUAGGUUAAUGGCUUAGAAAGCACUGCAUCAUCAUGACAACCAAGCUUCUAUCUUGAGUGAUGGCGAACACAUUUCUGUUGUGACAGGUUUUCUUUAAAGCCCACUUAAGGUCACCAGGAUAGACGUAGUGCGAUGGUGAUUGUAAAUAAUGACCUCAGUUUUCCUAGUCUUGCUUCUAAUUUAUUGUGCCAGCAUUUGUGCAUGGCAUCGAAUUGGGACUGUGCGGUAUAAUGGACACCAAAGUUAGUAACAGUAGGCAUCAGACACACCCUCUCCCCUUCUCUGCAAAACUGUGUAAGAAGACUUGUGCAGAGGGGUGUGCCCUAUUGGUAUUCAGCAGGGGUCUCCAAACUUUAGAAAAACAAAGGGCCGGUUUAUGGUCUUUCAGGAUUAGGGGGGCUGGACUGUGGCCACUGGGCAUAGAAAAGUUCCUGAUGUCCGUAGGAAAAACAAUGCCCCAACUUUGGAGUCAUUGGAAGGAAUUGCGCCCCAUUGUUGGUGUCAUUGGGAGGAAUUUGGCAUCAUUGGAAGAAUUUGGACCCCAUCAUUGGUGUCGUUGGGAGGGAUUGUGUCCCUUGAUUUGUUUCAGUAAGGGGAAUUAUGCCCUACUGUUGGUAUCCGUGGAUGAAAAAGUACCCCAAAGGCUGGAUAAAGCAAGCACCUGGGCCGCAGUUUGGAGACCACUGGUAUAGAGCAUUGCAAUAUUAGGCAUUUUCACCUAGAGCUAAAGGUAUUUUAAGGCUUUUGCAAAGAUAAAUCGGUCACAAACCAUAACGCAUGGGGUACAGAGCUAUCAAAGUUUGUAAGACACCAGUUGGGCUUUAAAAAAAAUUCUGUCUUAAUGGAAUCCGUCAAGACUUUGGUCACCUGCCACGGGUGUGGAAUUGGGCCAGACAAGCAUUACUUGGUCUUCAUAGAAUGCAGUGCUGGAAUAUAACCCCACUUCCAGGAGUAGGACAAUGGGGGCAUUUGGUCAUAGAUGGGGUGCACCAGCUGAGGCAGGUGACUGUAAUGUGUAGUACACCCUUAUGGCUUCCUGCACUAAAUUAGGCAGGUAAGCUGUUGUUGCCAGACU